GUGAGCAUUCCCUGCCAGAAUUCUCUAAUGAAUGGCACGAUGGCCGCUUCGUCUAAUCGGAUCAUGCUCGGCCCUCUGGUAGCUGCAAUCGACCAGGGCACAAGCUCCACCCGGUUCUUGGUGUUCAAUGCUAAAACUGCAGAGCUGCUUAGUCACCAUCAAGUCGAGAUUCAGCAGAGUUUCCCUAAAGAGGGUUGGGUAGAAGAGGAUCCGAAAGAGAUUCUGCAGUCCGUGUACGAGUGCAUGGACCGAACCUGUGAGAAACUGACUCAGCUCAACAUCGAUAUCUCCAACAUCAAGGCCAUUGGUGUGACCAAUCAGCGAGAAACCACAGUGGUCUGGGACAAAGAAACCGGCGAGCCACUCUACAAUGCAGUUGUGUGGUUGGACCUGCGCACACAGUCCACUGUGGAGAGACUCAUCAACAACACACCAGGCAGAAACAAAAAUCACCUGAAGCACAAGACCGGUCUUCCCAUCAGCACAUACUUCAGUGCGGUGAAGCUGCGCUGGUUAAUGGACAACAUAGAGGAUGUGCGUAAGGCCGUGCUUUCACACCGAGCCAUGUUCGGGACCAUCGACUCCUGGCUUAUAUGGUGUCUAACUGGUGGAAAGAAGGGAGGUGUUCAUGUUACAGAUGUAACCAAUGCAAGCAGGACCAUGCUCUUUAAUAUACACACUAUGGAGUGGGAUCCAGAGCUCUGCAACUAUUUUGGCGUACCAAUGGAGAUUCUGCCAAAAGUGAGAAGCUCUUCAGAGAUCUACGGUUUAAUGAAAAUCAGUUCUAGUCUGAAAUCUGGACCCCUCACAGGCGUUCCAAUAUCAGGGUGUCUAGGGGACCAGUCUGCUGCUCUUGUGGGACAGAUGUGUUUUCGGGACGGCCAGGCCAAAAAUACUUACGGGACGGGCUGUUUCCUGCUCAAAAAUACAGGAACAAAGCCAGUAAUAUCCGAUCAUGGCCUCUUAACAACAGUGGCAUAUAAACUGGGUCGGGACAAGCCAACCUUUUAUGCGUUAGAGGGCUCAGUUGCCAUAGCGGGGGCGUUGGUGCGUUGGUUGAAGGAUAACCUCGGGAUUAUCCAAAAUUCCAAAGAGCUCGAGAAACUGGCCGCUGAUGUCGGAACAUCGUAUGGGUGCUACUUUGUCCCUGCGUUUUCGGGUCUCUAUGCCCCCUACUGGGAACCAAGUGCCAGAGGAAUCAUUUGUGGUUUAACUCAGUUCACGAAUAAGAGACACUUGGCCUUCGCUGCUCUCGAAGCAGUCUGCUUUCAGACACGAGAGAUCCUGGAUGCGAUGAAUCAGGACAGUGGGAUUCCUCUGACUCAGCUGCAGGUAGAUGGAGGCAUGACCUCGAACAGACUCCUCAUGCAGCUCCAGGCUGAUAUUCUCUGCAUUCCAGUGGUGAAACCGUCCAUGCCAGAGACGACAUCUCUUGGCGCAGCCAUGGCAGCAGGAGCAGCUGAGGGUGUCAGAGUGUGGAGUUUGAAUCCUGAGGACCUCACUGACGUCACCUCUGAGAAAUUCGAACCCCAGAUCAACCCGGAGGAGAGUGAGUUCCGUUAUGCUCGCUGGAAGAAGGCCGUCGAGAGAAGUAUGAACUGGGAAACUACUGAGCCAAAUGGCAACGGAAAAGCAGAAAGGAGUAUCUUCACUAGUCUUCCCCUGGGCUUUUACAUUCUGGGUAGCAUGUUUAUGUUAAUUGGAGCAAAGUACAUUGCAGGUUACAAGUAGACCUCUUGAAUCGUCUUCGAUGUUGAAUAAUGAGAGAAGAACGUAGGAUUUUAGGUACGUCCUCUAGGGUCCAGUCACCAUCAUGCUGUUCCGUACUGGACAUUCCAGCUGUAGCUGCUAAGCUUACAACUUCACUCUCCAGGGAAUAUCAGACCACUGUAUCAUCUCUAUCUGACCAGUAACGAGGAAGAAAGUGUGUUUUUUUUUAACUUUUGGUACCUGGUUACCACCACUUGAGUUGGCAACUGAAACGAUUUCUAUGAACAAAAAAAAACCCAUUGAUUUCUGAUGGUGCACAUCACUGUACUCAUUGUAUUCAUGAAGAAAAAGACUGACAGCCUUCAUCUGACCCAAGUUGGUUGCUGUAGCUCCUCCUUGAUGAUCUUUAUGUAGAUGACCUUUACCACAUGUACCUUGGUGGGGUUUUUGUUUGUUUGUUUGUUUGUUUGUUUGUUUGUUUGUUUGUUUGUUUGUUUGUUUGUUUUUUGCAAGGCAGGUGUUUUAAAAUUCGAACCAUUUUAAUUGAGCCACAUUAAUUUUGGAUCACAUCUUCAUUGUUGUUAUCCUGCAUUAGAAAGUGCCAAUACUAUUUUUCCAUAAUACCUCUGAGGAAUGGUGCAUGAUAUGGGAGCCCUCGGGUACAAAUCAUGGCAUGUGCUAUGAGGACUGUAUAUGAUUUUACCUUCAUAAGGUUCUGUAAGGUUGUUGAACAAAACUGUGCGUUACUGUGAGACACCCAACCCAAAAUACUGUGGAUCCCAAGGUAGAAAAAUCCGAGACUUGGUCCAAACACUUUUUUUUUUUUUUUUUUUUUUUUUUUUUUGGCGUUCCUAAUAGGAUGUUAAAUGGUGUAUGGGUGCCUGGUUUGUUGUUUUUUUUUUUUGUUUUUUUUUUAAACACUAAAAUCCAGAAAAUCUGUUCGAACAAAACUUCUUGAUAGUCGUUAUGUUUGAAUUUUUGUUCUACGGUGAUGUUUCUGACCUAGGGACUGUGUUUUCCCAUAAUGUACUGUGCACAUACAUCACUUUUAAUGCUGAGAAUAUUGAGAGCAGCAACAUAGUUUGCGAAAAUGACGUUUGAAUAAUUGUGUAAUAAAAUAAUCUAAUGUUAGUUGCGUCAUCUGCAUCAUAUAGCUAGAGGUCAUGUUUGUUUUGUUCCUGGUGAACCUGGAUUGAGAGUGAUAAUUAAUUGGUCAAUUAUCUCCUGGGUUGUUGGCCAACUAUGAACUAGGCUUCCAUGGAAUUAAAAAAAAAAAAAAAAAGUUAUCUUCUUUGUGAUAAAUUAUCUAAUGUAAAUUUGCAUGUUUUAUUUUGAAUCAAAACCAUGCGUAAAAUCUGCUGUAUGGUUACAGUUCUGUGCUUUCCGGUUCAAAGUUACAAGUACUAAUACAAAUGUGUAAAGAAAGAUCAAUGAAAAAUGAAUUUUCUAGUAAAUUCGGUUAUGUACGUACAAAGGAUUACAUAACGCUUACAUAAGCACUUUGCGAAAACUGAUAUAAACCGACAUUGACGUUUUAUAAAUGAUAAUUGCACUAGGUAUCAGUUGCUGGUUGUCGGUGUUCAGGUCAUGUGACUUAACAGCUGUUCAGUGACACAAGAUUGCAUUCUGUAAGAAAAUUGGAAGCCUUACUCUGUGGGUGGGAGGGAUGAAUCUUAGACACACUCUCUCUUCUCGGUCAAUCACAGCAGCACUAGCCAGUCGUGGGUGUCUGAGCUCAUGUACAAUGUCUUGCAAAAGUAUUCAUCCCCCUUGGUGUUUGUCCUGUUUUGUCGCAUUACAAGCUGGAAUUAAAAUGGAUU